GAGGAAGGUGAAAUCCUUGAGCUAAGGUUCUCCAGGCUGACUGAAGCUUGGGGCCAAGGACAAUAAGGGCCUGAACUCUAUCUAGACCAAGGCAUGGUUCCCCAUAAUCCAGGCGGCCCUCUGGACACGUGAGAUUAUCUGGAUCAAGUGGACAUCAGCCAACCGGUUCCCCAUGAUCUAGACCCAUGCUCAGAGCCAUCUUGAAGGCUGGAACCCCACUACUCUCCUCUACCUGUUCUUUAAGGUGGAAUAUUAAUUCUGGAAACCAGCAAAGACAGAGAACAGGUGUCAGCAGCUCCAGGAUGUGGCAGUUCAGAAUCUUCCUGCUGUUCGCGUCCACCUGGGGGAUUUCUGGCGUAUCAGCCCAUCCCGACCCAGUGUUCUCCAGCAGCGAGGGUGCCCACCAGGUGCUUCGGGUCAGACGAGCCAACAGCUUCCUGGAGGAGGUGCGGGCAGGCAGCCUGGAGCGGGAGUGUAUGGAGGAGAUCUGUGACUUCGAGGAGGCCCAGGAGAUUUUCCAGAAUGUGGAAGACACACUGGCCUUUUGGAUCAAGUACUUCGAUGGUGACCAGUGCUCAACUCCGCCCUUGGACCACCAAUGCGACAGCCCAUGCUGCGGCCAUGGCACAUGCAUCGACGGCCUGGGCGGCUUCAGCUGCAGCUGCGAUAAGGGCUGGGAGGGCAGGUUCUGUCAGCAGGAGAUGGGCUUCCAGGACUGUCGGGUGAAAAAUGGCGGCUGCUACCACUACUGCCUGGAGGAGACCAGAGGGCGGCGCUGCGCUUGCGCCCCGGGCUAUGAGCUGGCAGAUGACCACAUGCACUGCAGGCCCACCGUGAAUUUUCCGUGUGGGAAACUGUGGAAGCGGACUGACAAGAAACGCAAGAACUUCAAACGGGACAUAGACCCAGAAGACGAAGAACUAGAACUAGGUCCAAGGAUAGUCAAUGGAACACUAACAAAGCAGGGUGACAGUCCCUGGCAGGCGAUCCUUCUGGACUCCAAGAAGAAGCUAGCCUGUGGAGGGGUGCUCAUCCACACCUCCUGGGUGCUGACGGCAGCCCACUGUCUGGAGAGCAGCAAGAAGCUUACCGUGAGGCUUGGUGAGUAUGAUCUGAGACGCAGGGACCCCUGGGAGUUGGACCUGGACAUCAAGGAGGUCCUCGUCCACCCUAACUACACCCGGAGCAACAGCGACAACGACAUCGCCCUGCUCCGCCUGUCCCAGCCAGCCACACUCUCUAAAACCAUAGUGCCCAUCUGUCUGCCGAACAGCGGCCUGGCGCAGGAGCUCAGUCAGGCUGGCCAGGAGACGGUGGUGACAGGCUGGGGCUAUCAAAGCGACAAAGUCAAGGAUGGCAGAAGGAACCGCACCUUUAUUCUCACCUUCAUCCGCAUCCCUUUGGCCGCUCGAAAUGACUGCAUGCAGGUCAUGAACAACGUGGUCUCGGAGAACAUGCUCUGCGCCGGCAUCAUUGGAGACACGAGAGACGCCUGCGACGGCGACAGUGGGGGACCUAUGGUGGUCUUCUUUCGGGGUACCUGGUUUCUGGUGGGCCUGGUGAGCUGGGGUGAGGGCUGUGGGCACCUCAACAACUAUGGCGUCUACACCAAAGUGGGUAGCUACCUCAAAUGGAUCCACAGCUACAUAGGGGAAAGGGAUGUUUCCCUGAAGAGCCCGAAGCUGUAGCAUCCCUCCCUGCUCAUCUCUGGGGCCCAGAGGUCACUCUUAGAAUAAGGCUGGGCUAGUGAGUACCAAGACAGGGGACAUUAAAGGGGCAAGCAACACCUGA